AUGACUUUGUACUAUACGUUGGUGUUCGCACUCCUGGUGUUCGAGAUGAGCGUCUUCGGAAUGCUCAUCGUCCCUCUACCAUACUCCAUGAAGCGCAAGCUCUUCAACUUCAUCUCCGAGAAUCCGCUCAUAGCGAAGCUGCAAUAUGGCAUGAAGAUUACGUUCAUCUUCAUCUUAAUCUUGUUCAUCGACAGUGUGAACCGUGUCUACAGCGUUCAAGUCGAGCUGGCCAAAACCAAGAGCAGCCAAAACUCCGCCAUGCUCGAAGGCUCCGGCCGCAUGGAGGUGCAAGCCCGCAAAUUCUACUCCCAACGCAACAUGUACCUUUGCGGCUUCACCCUCUUCCUCUCCCUCAUCCUCAACCGCACCUACGUGAUGAUCCUCGACACGCUCCGUCUCGAAGAGAAAGUCAAGCGCUACGAAGGUGACCCCAAGGCUUCAGGCAAGGACUCUGACAAACUUGCUCAGGCAGGUGGUGCUGGAGAGAUCGGAAAGCUGAAGAACCAGUUGGCGCAGAAGGAUAGGGACAUUGAGGCGCUCAAGAAGCAGAGUGAAGGCCUGAGCCGUGAAUAUGGGAAUUUGGGGGAUCAGUACAGCAAGCAGAAUGCUGAUUCCACGCCCAAGAAGGAUCGAUAG